CUCCCUCCUUCCCUCCCUCCCCUCUCCCCACUCCGGGCUCCUCUCGCGCGCCCACACUUUCUUUCUCGCACACGCACGCAGACACAUUUCUGCCUCUCUGCGCGCUCGCCCUCGGUCUCCCUCGCUCCCUCUUUCUCUUUCACUUUUGCCUGCCCUGCAACCUUUUAAAAUGUUGCCCCUUCCCUGUGAUUCGCCAGCCGCCGCGCCGCGGCCCCCCGCGCGCUCGCCCGCUCCCUCUCUCGCCCGCUUUUUGUCUCUCGCGCUCCCUCUCCCCACCUCCGAUUUGCUACACUGAGGCUCCCGUCAAUGGACUGCAUUGAGAGCCGGCUCCGGCGCGAGUUGCCUCUCCGCUUCACGCUCGAUUUCCAGGCAUUCUUCCCUUAUUAAGUAUUCGUGUAAUAUUAAUAGUCAUGAAUAUCUGCUAUUAGGAGGCUCCAGGAACGCUGCCCGGCGCGGUUAUUAGAAGCUCAAGCGAAGCCGCCGCUAAGAAAAGAGGGGGAGACACGGAUUAAGGAACACGCACACACACGCACACACACACACACACACACGCACAGACACAGACACACACACUUUUUGCUUUUUCCCUUUUUGGGGUUUUUCAUUUUUUAAGGAACUUUGAAUCCUACCCGAUCACGGCAGGAUAGAGACCGUGGGUUCGACCAGCUGAAGGCGCCGCUCCAAUCGGUGGUUCAAGUUCGGAUGGACCAGAGCGGGGCUCCAGCGCUCGGGGGAGCGGCGGCGCCGUGACCGGAGUCCUGGGUGGCGCGGGGCUCUCGGCGCCUUUUGUGUGGGGCGCGCUCGGGCGGCGGGGCAGCCGGGCUCUCCGGGCUUGCUUGUUGUUUUCCACCCUGACUCGUUACCCCAGACUCUUCGCAGAUGUUAGUUCACAGUUUUUCAGCUAUGGACCGUCACGACGGCACCAGCAACGGGACGGCACGGUUGCCCCAGCUGGGCACUGUAGGUCAAUCUCCCUACACGAGCGCCCCGCCGCUGUCCCACACCCCCAAUGCCGACUUCCAGCCCCCCUACUUUCCCCCGCCCUACCAGCCUAUCUACCCCCAGUCGCAAGAUCCUUACUCCCACGUCAACGACCCCUACAGCCUGAACCCCCUGCACGCCCAGCCGCAGCCGCAGCACCCGGGCUGGCCCGGCCAGAGGCAGAGCCAGGAGUCUGGGCUCCUGCACACGCACCGGGGGCUACCCCACCAGCUGUCGGGCCUGGAUCCUCGCAGGGACUACCGGCGGCACGAGGACCUCCUGCACGGCCCCCACGGGCUUGGCUCAGGACUCGGAGACCUCCCGAUCCACUCCUUACCUCACGCCAUCGAGGACGUCCCGCAUGUAGAAGACCCGGGUAUUAACAUCCCAGAUCAAACUGUAAUUAAGAAAGGCCCCGUGUCCCUGUCCAAGUCCAACAGCAACGCCGUCUCCGCCAUCCCCAUCAACAAGGACAACCUCUUCGGCGGCGUCGUGAACCCCAACGAAGUCUUCUGUUCAGUUCCGGGUCGUCUCUCGCUCCUCAGCUCCACCUCGAAGUACAAGGUCACGGUGGCGGAAGUACAGCGGCGCCUCUCACCGCCCGAGUGUCUCAACGCUUCGCUGCUGGGCGGAGUGCUGCGGAGGGCGAAGUCUAAAAAUGGAGGAAGAUCUUUAAGAGAAAAACUGGACAAAAUAGGAUUAAAUCUGCCAGCAGGGAGACGUAAAGCUGCCAACGUCACCCUGCUCACAUCACUAGUGGAGGGAGAAGCCGUCCACCUCGCCAGGGACUUUGGGUACGUGUGCGAAACCGAAUUUCCUGCCAAAGCAGUAGCUGAGUUUCUCAACCGACAACAUUCCGAUCCCAAUGAGCAAGUGACAAGAAAAAACAUGCUCCUGGCUACAAAACAGAUAUGCAAAGAGUUCACCGACCUGCUGGCUCAGGACCGAUCUCCCCUGGGGAACUCGCGGCCCAACCCCAUCCUGGAGCCCGGCAUCCAGAGCUGCUUGACCCACUUCAACCUCAUCUCCCACGGCUUCGGCAGCCCGGCGGUGUGCGCCGCGGUCACGGCCCUGCAGAACUAUCUCACCGAGGCCCUCAAGGCCAUGGACAAAAUGUACCUCAGCAACAACCCCAACAGCCACACGGACAACAGCGCCAAAAGCAGUGACAAAGAGGAGAAGCACAGAAAGUGAAGCUCUCCUCCAGCCCUGCCCCCGGACCCGCGCCUCGCCGUCCCCCCCCCACCCCCCCUCCAUCUCCACCGCCAUCUCCCCCCACCGGUGGCCCCCCCCCCCCAUCGACCGCCGCCGGCAGGUGAGCUCCGGGAUCAGCAACCCCCCCACUGCUGCUACUGCUGCUGCUGCUGCCGCCGCUGCCGCCACGCCUUCGGUUCGGAGGCUCGGGGUCCUGGGGACAGCGCUCCACGGCGAGAGGGGCGACCCUGCCGCCUCAGGCCCCUGCCUCGACUUCCCCGAUCCGCACCACCUCGCCUCUGCCCUUGCGUGGAGCCUCAGAGCACAGAACAGGCCGUGAAGCGGGCAGAGAAAAGUUCUGUCCGAGUGUGUGAACCCCCCCCCCUUUUUUUUUUUUUUUAAACACCGCAAAUCAACAGCAAUGACAACCACAAAAUUCAAACUUUUUUUUUUUUUUUAGAAAAAAGAACGUAAAAAUUAAAAAAAAAAAUGAUAUGCGCUUCAUGGGAUGGAAUCACCACCUUCCUUUACAUACCGUUCAGAUUGUAGCCAUACUUAAAAAAAAAAAAAAAAAGAGAGAAAAGAAAAAGAAAGCAAAGGCAAAAAGGAUCAUGACAUUUUUAUCAGUAUUGUGAAUAAACUUGAACGCAGAUACAGGAAGUUCCAUGUCUUGUCUUCAGUUACAGAAGUUUUCCCUCUUCAAGGUAAAGCCACCAACUUGAACUUUCUCUGGCAACACGAUUCACAGUUAUAUAAGGGAAUCAGUGUUCACGUCUCUGUAUAUAUUUAUUUAUGUGUAAUUUAAUGGGAAUUGUAAAUAUGGUGAGUCUGUUUUAAACCUUUUUUUUUUUUUUUUUAAUUUAUCUGGUAAUCUCGUUUACCUCUUGUUUAGUGGGUUUUGACUCUCCCCUGGUACUUACUUAGGAAUCCAAGGUUUGGGGGAUUUUUUUUUUUUUUCUUCUUUCCCCUCUGGGAUUCAUGAAUUUAGCCCUGUUGUAGCAUGUUCAAGAUGACAAUGAAACAGCUGAACAAAAUUUAAAAAGGAAAAUAAAAAAUUUAUAUAUAAUUAGUAAUACAUUUAGCUUUUCAUUGAACUGAAAGAAAAAGUCCUAUGGAACCCUGGAGAGAUUUUUUUAACCUGAGUGGUUUGAUAACUGUUCUCUGUAUUGUGGGGAGAAAAAAAAAACAAAACAAAGUUUAUUUUAUUCCACUGUCCUCCCUUAAAGGCAGCAUUUGAGCAAUAAAUGAGCAUUGUCUUUAAACCAAGGGUUAGGGAUUUCUUCUUCUUCUUCUUCUUCUUCUUCUUCUUCUCCUUCUCCUCCUCUGUCUCUCUUUUUGUUCAAAGAACUUCAAACAUGUGGGACCACCUGGUAUUCUGUAUUUUCACUGGUCAUUUUGGAAAAGCAGUUCUAGCUGUAUUGUAUUGAGUUGUACUGGCAGUAGUUUUCAUGCCUGUCAAUGUAUCAUAGUCCUUUGUUGCCCAGAUAAAUAAAUAUUUGAUACGCUUUA